CAUUUGUAUUACACAUUCCUGCUUAACUUGGCUCAGUAUCAUUUGUGGGUCUAUACCUGGGCUUGAAAACAGCCACAUUCAGGGUUCAUGGAGCAUCACUGAGGUGGUUUUCAUCUGAGUCAGUCAUACUGAAAUGGAUAAAGGCAGCAUCAGGAAGAGGAAGGAGUCGCAGAAUGGCUCCACCAGCCACAGCGUGGACUGUCAGACCGCAGGCAAGCAGCCUGUGAAGGCUACUGUGCUUCAAAAAGAUGUUGGUCUGUUUAGUGGCAUCUGUCUGAUUGUGGGAACAAUGAUAGGCUCGGGCAUCUUCAUUUCUCCUAAGGCUGUCCUACUGUACUCUGGAGCUGUGGGACCCUGCCUCCUCAUCUGGGCUGCCUGUGGCGUGUUAGCCACUCUGGGGGCACUGUGCUAUGCUGAGCUUGGCACCAUGAUCACCAAAUCGGGAGGAGAGUAUUCGUAUUUAAUGGAGGCGUUUGGCUCCCUUGUAGCCUACCUUUACUCCUGGACCACUGUCAUGGUGCUGAAGCCCUCCUCCUUUGCCAUCAUCACACUGAGCUUUGCAGAAUAUGCCUCCACUCCUUUCUACCCUGGCUGUACUCCUCCUCUUGUCGUUACUAAGUGUCUGUCAGCAGCAGCUAUAUUCUUGAUCGUCACCGUCAACUGUUUGAGUGUCAAACUGGCAAGCUAUGUGCAGAACUUCUUCACAGCAGCCAAACUUUUCAUCAUUCUUGUCAUAGUGGGAGCUGGCAUUGUUGUGAUGGCACAGGGAAAAACUGAGACUUUGUCAAAUGCAUUUGAUGGCACAUCAUCGUCUGUUGGAGCAAUCGGACUUGCAUUUUAUAAUGGGCUUUGGGCUUAUGAUGGAUGGAAUCAACUUAAUUGUAUUACAGAAGAGCUGAAAGACCCAUUCAGGAACUUGCCCCUUGCCAUCCUCAUCGGGAUCCCUUUGGUAUCUAUGUGCUAUGUGUUGGUCAACGUUGCUUACUUUACUGUUAUGACCACCACUGAGCUGCUGUUGUCUCCAGCUGUUGCUGUGACUUUUGGAGACAGAGUCCUUUACCCUCUGUCUUGGAUCGUUCCCCUCUUUGUUGUCUUCUCUACGUUCGGCUCUGCCAAUGGAAGCUGCUUCACUGCUGGCAGACUGGCCUAUGUAUCUGGUAGAGAGGGUCACCUGGUGAAAAUCUUAUCCUAUAUAAGUCUGAAGCACUACACUCCUUCCCCUGCUCUCAUAUUCAAUGGUGUUCUGUCUCUUUUCUACAUUAUCCCAGCAGAUAUCAACACCCUUAUUAACUACUUCAGCUUCGCUCAGUGGGUGUUUUAUGGUCUGACAGCUCUGGCUCUCAUAGUCAUGCGUUUCACCAGGAGGGAGCUCAAUAGACCAGUAAAGGUACCGAUUGUCAUACCAUGCCUAAUGGUCCUGGUGUCCUGCUACUUAGUCCUGGCUCCCAUCAUUGAUAAGCCAGAGCUGGAGUACCUCUACUGUACUAUCUUCAUCUUCAGUGGACUUCUCCUCUACUACCCUUUCAUCCACCGGAAGGUCAACUGGGCACGCAAACUCAUGAGGCCCAUCACCAUGCAUCUCCAGCUGCUGAUGGAAGUAGUUCCUCCUGAGAAAAUUGAAUGAGAAGGGACACAAUUGACAACCAGGUCAACUGCUGCUUGCCGUGAAACACGUCAAGCCUGGUUUUGGAAACAGUGGGCUAGAAAUUUGGUGCCCAGAGUGGGUCAGAGCCAAACAUCUGUAGCUAUAUUACGAAAGUAAAAGGGGCUGCGUUGUGUUUAUGAACCCGUGUAUAAGGACAAAAGAUGUAAUCAUUUGUCAUUUGGGUUCAGGGAUGAAAAAAGAGGAUUCAUGUUUCUAGAGUAUAGGAAAGUUUCUGCUGUAAUUAAAAUGUACUUUGACAUAUAAAUAAAGGCAUAGAAGAGCUGGAUUGACCAUAUUCUCAUGAUGUCUUUCCCCUCAUGAAUAAAUAAAUCACUUACAAAAACCUUCCUGCUGUGAUGGUUAAGCUACAACUAAAGGAUGCUAGGUAGUAUUUUAACGUGCCAGCACUUAGGAAACAUUAACCAAUCAUAUUAAACAUUUCUUUAUGUAGUUAAUGUGCAAUAAUGUUUUUACUGGGCCAAAGAUCAUAUGACUAAGAGCUACUAGAGGAUUAAGAUAUGCAUGAAUCUGAAUUUGAGCAAAGGGAGCAAGGAAAUGGUAAACAUUGUAAAUGCAUUGCGGGGACAACAUGAAGGCUCAGCAGAUCAUGCAACAAGAUGCAGAAACGUAUGUUUUUUUUCACAUAAGAGUUUCUUGAAUGAUGUAUGCGCAUUAUUUAGUAGACUAAUGCUCUCACUCCUGUCUUUCACACUGGAUUAUAUUGGAACAGUGCUGCAUUGUGUUGGCUGGUGGUUAUUAAAUGUAUUGAUCUUGUUGAGCAUAAAGUGGACAUGGUAAAUAAACCUUUUGUGAUUCCAGCAAA